CUUUCCUUUGUUUCUCAUGUCACAAAUUAAAUUCUCUGAGCAUUAAAUCCAAGUUUUUUUAAUUUUUAUUUAAUAUAUCCGAAUUUCAAGAAUUUGGUCUGUCUCUGUAUCUUCUGUUGAAUAACCUUCGUAAUAAAGAUGAUGUUUUUAUCUACCGGGUGUCUCUAUUUUCCGUUGUUAAGUACUUGUGUGUCUUUUGACUAUCUGGUUUUUUAUCUUUUUUUAAAUGGUGGCGUGAAUUAAUUUAUUUAAUCCAGAUGAACGUUCCCGCCAGAACUUUGAUGAACCCAGAAGUUGAAUUGUAGUGAUUAGUGAUGAAUUUUCGAUUUUUGUGUUGUUGCAUUUUCAUUUGUCUGUGUUUUGGUUUAUUUAAUGUUUAGGGUGUGAAUGAAGUGAUUUGUUUUUAGGGUUUGAAUUCAAAAUACAUGGCAGGGUUUUCGAAGAUAGCUGAUGGGUUUGCUUUAGAUUCUCCUGAUAAGGUUGAAGGGGGUGAAUUUAAUGAUAUUUUGGAAGAUAUAGUGCCAUUUUCAAAAGGGUUUUUUGAGGGUGACAAAAAGGAGGAUAUAGAGUGUAUGUUUAAUCAAGUCGUUUCGGCUUUUUUGAGUGAGAUUUGUGGGGAUAAGUUUUCUAGGCCUUUGCCUCCUAUGCUUGGAAAUGGGAAGGCUGUUGAUUUGUAUAAACUGUACUCGGUAGUGAGAGAUAAAGGUGGUUAUGAUGUUGUUUCGGAUAAUGGGUUGUGGGGUUGUGUUGCGAAGGAGUUUGGUUUGAGUUUCGAGUUCGGUUCAUGUUUGAAAUUGAUUUAUGUUAAGUACUUGAACUCGAUUGGUGAGUGGGUGGAAAGGACUCUUAAUGUUAAAGACUUGAAAGAUAAGAUUGGAGGUGGUGAAGAGGUUCAGGGGGUGCAGGUGAUGGAAUUAGAAAUGGAUCGGACAGAGAAGGACAGGGGUCGAGUGCAUUUGGAUUUGGAGGAGAGUAGGUUGGGAGAUAGUGAAGAAGUGAGGACUGAGCAUGUAAGGGACUUAAAACAGGAUGCUAGAGGUUUUGUUUAUGAAAAUGUUGCUAAGGAUGAGAAAGACAGGGAACAAAUGCAUUUGGAUUUGGAGGAGAGUAAAUCAAAUAUAACUGGUGGUGGAAAGUUGUGUGAAGGUAGUAAGAUUUGGAGUUUUACUGAUCUGGAUGAAGCCAAGAGAAGUGUCAUUAACAUGCUCUUUGAGUCUAGUGGUGAAGGUGAGUUGGAUGAAGAUAAGUGUCCAAAUGACGAGGUUCAGAGUUUGGUACAGUUUAAUGGAAAUGAAAAAAUUGAAAAUGACAAACUGAUUGAUGAUGCCAAAACACGUGAUUUUAACUUCGAAAGUGAGGGUACUGGAGAUUUUUAUAAUCGAAAGAGGAAACGUGAGUGUAUCCCGGGAUUACUUAAUUGGGUCACUAAGGUGGCCAGGGAUCCAUGUAAUCCAGUCAUUGGGUGUUUACCAGAGAGGUCUAAAUGGAAGUAUUUUGGAAACCAGCAUCUAUGGAAGCAGAUUCUGUUUGUUCGCGAGGCAAUGAUGGUAAAAAGGGGUGCUAGUUCAAGUGUUGAGCAGUCCAUCUGGCAGAAGAAGCAAAAGAUGCAUCCAACGAUGUAUGAAGAUUAUCCGGUUCCUGCAAAACUAUCUAGAGGACCGUCCUUUAAGAGGUCACAAGCGCGAUUAUGUUCCGACACUCAGGGUGACUCUGAAGAUACAUUUGGUAGACAGAAUUUACGGUUGGCUGAAUCACUUGCUGGAUUAUGGCUUAAAAAUUAUAAUCGGAAGAGAAUUCCUGUUGGGGUAUAUUUUCAAGCAGAACUUCCAGAUUGGGAUGGGAAGUCUUGUGAAAGUGAUUCUAAGUGGUUGGGUACACGUGUUUGGCCUCAGGGUAAAGAAUUGAGCUGUGAUAGUAUGAUUGAAAGAAAUCACACUGGAGUUGGGAGACGUGAUUUCUGUGGUUGCGAGUUCCGAGGUUCCUUUGAAUGUGUUAGAUUUCAUGUUUCUGAGAAAAGGAGUAGGCUAAAGCUUGAACUGGGCUUGGCCUUUUACCAUUGGCAAAUUGACCAAAUGGGUGAGGAGGUUGCAUUCUCUUGGAACAAAGUAGAGGAAAUAAAGUUUGAUGAAAUAGUGAAGUCAAAUCCUCCUUCUCAAGGUAAGUGUUUCUGGGAAGAAAUACAUAAAUUGUUUCCUUACAAAAAGAGGGAACAGUUGGUGAGCUACUACUUUAAUGUCUUUCUUCUCCGGCGAAGAGGUCUACAAAACAGGUCAAUACCAAUCGAAAUUAGCAGUGAUGAUGAUGACUUAGAAUUCGAAACAACAACAAAUUGCAGUGGACAUGGGGCUAUGAAGUCUCCUAAAUUCAAUUAUUGUUCGCCAAAGAAGACUCAUUUGAAUUUCAGAGGAAAUCCAAAGACAGGUUAAUGUAAAAGUCUGAGUUGGGCUGUAAAUUGCAGCAUUUUGCAGGUGUAGUACUUUUUCUUGAAAAGAACAAAGCAUUCCCGUCUUACAGGCACACAAUUUACGAGGUAUCUGAAAGUUACAAAUCUUGAAUUUUAGAUUUCUUUUAUUAUCGGUAGUAUAGACAGAUGGAUAAAUUAUUUAUAGGCAAUGGUGCGUAUCAAUUGUUUCUGGUUGAAAAGAUUUCUAGAAUUGAUGGGUAUGGUUCAUUCUGCUCAUUCAUCAUGCAUACAAAACCUAGUUCUAGUGUUUUUUAUUUUAAAGUCAUGGAACUUGUUUAUUGUUAGACAAUUACAGAGUUAUGAAGACCAGUUUAUGAUGAUGAAAAACAUAUAAUGUUGGUUUUCUGCUCCUUA